AAAAAAAAUAUGUCGGAUAAAAACACCACAUCCCAGGAUUUUACCUCUUAUUACCUGCAACAAAGCACCAAGGAGUUCGCGGAGGAUCUAGACAAGAUCCGCAACGCCGACGACUUUAAAGGCGAUGCGGUAGCCAUGCUCGUCAAGUCUCUACAGCAAGGCACCUCUCUAUUCUCGGCUGCCGACCAAGAGAGAAUACUGAAAGCACAAAAAUCUGGAAAAGACAAAUAAAGUGCGGGUGGGGAAGAUGUACCUAACUUCAAUGUUGCUAGAGAUUAAAGGAGAUAUUCAAUUUUGAAGAACGAGAUGAUUGUGUAAAAAAAUUGAAAGGUACCUAUUUUACGGAGGAGCGACAUUACGUAAUUCAUUCAUUCAAUCAGCAAAUGUGCAGUAACCACCUGCUUUCGUGACUGAUACCUACUACCACCGAUAGAAAAACCAAGGUUAGAAAAGAGAGAGAAAGAACGAGGACAAAAAGAUAAAUAGUUAUCACAAAAAAUCAAACAUCAGAUGUAGAAAAAGAUCGAC